AUGGAGAUUGAGUUGCCCGAGUGGUCGAUGGAGGGAGGUGUCGGGUGUUCUCAAUCAUCAACACGAAACUUCCUUCAGGAAUUAGCAAACAAAUACGUCGCACUUCUCUUCUACAGUAUGUACAACGGAGAUGCUAAAAAUUUCGUGGCUAUCAAGGCUCUGAAGAAGGCGACGACGCCGAAACAUUCAAAGAAGGUCGAACUUGGAAGUUACUCGUAUCAUCAUAACGAAACAGCUCUUCAAUGA